CAGCCCUGCAGGUUGGCAGGUCAGGGGAAGGAGAGGCAUUGUAAAAGUAUCUCUCGGGGUAACUAGUAGGCUUCAACCUGAGUGGCUGACUUAAUGACUGAGUGAGAGAAAGACAGAGGAGGAGUGGACUCUUUUUUCCCUCUUUCUGCAGAAUUCCUCCAGUCACUCCUGGCUGGCGAUGGGAAUCGGAAGAGCUUUCCUGUGAUUCAGAAUACAGAGACACAGCAUUCAGGACACUCUUGUGUCUGACGCUCUGGGAAAAUUUACAAAGGGAGUUUAUUUCAGAAGUUGGAGCAGAGUUUUUGGACGUUUUAGGUAUAGUGAAUUGCGUGAAGUUAGAGUGUAUUUUUGGAAGUUGGAGAAGAGUUUUGGGACACUUUGAUAAGAGGGACACUGAGUGAGUGGAAUUGAAGUGUACUUGGGAUAGUGUGAUAGUUGCACUGGCUUGGUCCUGGGUUUUUGGAAGGACCAUGGCAGGGGCAGGCAUUACCAGGAAGGGUUCUGGGAGACCCUCGUACUACUACAGGUUUCUGGGCCGCACUCGUCUCCAACGGCAACGCAGCAGGUCCCGCAGCCGCACCAGACCAGCAGCCAGCAGGGAGUCGCCCCCGGAGCGAACGGGCCGCCGACGGAGCAUGCCUGGUGGUGCGCCGGACAAGAUCACCCACACCAUGGAACCUGCCGCAGCAGCCACGCCCUUCAGAGUCACCGGCUUUCUGAGUCGGAGGCUGAAGGGUUCUAUAAAGCGUACUAAGAGCCAGCCCAAACUGGACCGUAACUCCAGCUUCAGACACAUCCUGCCUGGCUUCAGGAGUGUGGACAAUGAGAGAUCUCAUCUGAUGCCGAGGCUGAAGGAGUCUCGCAGCCACGAGUCAUUGCUCAGCCCCGGUAGUGCUGUGGAGGCCGUGGACCUCAGCAUGGAGGAUGAGGUGCUCAUCAAACCUGUUCACAGCUCCAUCCUCGGACAGGACUACUGCUUCGAGGUCACCACUUCAACGGGAACGAAAUGUUUCUCCUGUCGAUCGUCAGCCGAAAGGGACAAGUGGAUGGAGAACCUGAGGAGAGCCGUCCACCCCAACAAGGACAACAGCAGGCGGGUGGAGAACAUGCUGAAGCUGUGGAUCAUCGAAGCCAAGGACCUUCCUGCCAAGAAGAAGUACUUCUGCGAGCUGUGUCUGGACGACGCCCUGUACGCCCGCACCACCUGCAAGCUCAAGACCGACAACGUCUUCUGGGGCGAGCACUUUGAGUUCAACAACCUCCCGGCCGUCAAAAGCAUCACGGCCCACCUCUACAAGGACUCGGACAAGAAGAAGAAGAAAGACAAGAACAACUACAUUGGACUGGUCAACAUCCCUGUUGCCGCGGUGACGGGGAGGCAGUUUAUGGAAAAGUGGUACUCUGUGAGCACGCCGACGCCCAAUAAGGGUAAGACGCCGGGGCCCAUGAUCCGGAUCAAGGCCUGCUACCAGAGCAUGAACAUCCUGCCUAUGGAGAUGUAUAAGGAGUUUGCAGAGUACACCACCAAUAACUACAUGUUGCUGUGCUCUGUGCUGGAGCCUGGCAUCAGUGUGAAGAACAAGGAGGAGAUGGCCUCUGCCCUGGUCCACAUUCUACAGAGCACCGGCAAGGCCAAGGACUUCCUGACUGACCUGAUGAUGUCAGAGGUGGACCGGUGUGGGGAGAACGAGCACCUGAUCUUCCGGGAGAACACCCUGGCCACCAAGGCUAUAGAGGAGUACCUCAAACUGGUGGGGCAGAAGUAUCUGCAGGACGCACUUGGUGAGUUUAUCAAGGCGCUGUAUGAGUCAGAUGAGAACUGUGAGGUGGACCCGUCCAAGUGUUCGUCUAAUGACCUGCAGGAGCACCAGAGCAACCUGAAGAUGUGCUGCGAGCUGGCCUUCUGCAAGAUCAUCAACUCCUACUGUGUGUUUCCACGGGAACUGAAGGAGGUGUUUGCGUCGUGGCGACAGGAGUGCAGUAGCCGGGGCCGACCAGACAUCAGCGAGCGGCUGAUCAGUGCGUCUCUGUUCCUGCGCUUCCUGUGCCCAGCCGUUAUGUCACCGUCGCUCUUCAACCUGAUGCAGGAGUACCCUGACGACCGCACCGCACGCACACUCACGCUCAUCGCCAAGGUCACCCAGAACCUGGCCAACUUCACCAAGUUUGGCAGUAAGGAGGAGUACAUGUCCUUUAUGAACCAGUUCCUGGAACACGAGUGGACCAACAUGCAGCGCUUCCUGCUGGAGAUCUCCAACCCGGAGACCAUCUCCAACACAGCAGGGUUCGAAGGUUACAUCGACCUGGGACGGGAGCUGUCCACCCUGCACAACCUGCUGUCAGAGGUCGUCUCUACCAUGGACCAGACCUCCGCCUCCAAACUGGGGCCUCUACCCAGGAUCCUCCGGGAGGUGAACACAGCGCUGACCAAUCCGUCCAGUAUGACCAUGACCAUGACCGCUCCGUCCCCCUCUGACCGUACAGGGUCUCCGCCCAACACCGGGGCAGGCUGCAGCAUCUCCACCGGCCUGCAGAAGAUGGUCAUCGACAAUGACCUCUCAGGGUUGGUGGACUUCACCAGGUUACCCUCCCCGACCCCGGAGAACAAGGACCUUUUCUUCGUCACCAGGAAUUCUGGGAUCCACCCGUCCCCGGCUCGCAGCUCUAGCUACUCCGAGUCCAAUGAACCUGAGCUGGGCAUGGCCAACGGCAGCAAAAGCCUGUCCAUGGUGGACCUCCAGGACCCCCGCAUCUUAGAGGGCGGCCCCUCAGACGGACUGGGAGAGGGCAUCGUUCCUGGGGGAGUGUGGUCAGCCCGGACCCCCCAGGGUAACAUCAUUGGAGGUCCUACACUGAGGAGGCCGGUCCAGACCCCCACCACCCCUGGGUCGGAGAGUGCCCCAAGCAGGCCGGCUCAGCUUCUGGCACCCCUGUCCUUCCAGAACCCCGUCUACCAGAUGGCGGCAGGGCUGCCAGUGUCGCCGCGAGGCAUGGCCGACUCAGGCUCCGAGUGCCACAGCUCCCACAGUUCCCAUAGCAACAAUGAGGACGGGCUGGGAGGAGGAGGGAAACACAACACCUUCCUGAACCACGGAGGAGGUGGUGGUGGUGGUGGGGGGAGUAGCGGGGAGGAGUAUGCACGUCGUUCGGGGGAGUUUGUAGGCACGCGGAGGCAGCUGUCACUCACAGAGGCCCAGCCCACCAUGCCCAGACAAAACAACGCCGGCCCCCAGCGCAGGAUAGACCAGCCCCCUCCGCAGACCACCGUCACCAGGGGCCGCACGCCGCCGAACCUGCUCAACAGCGGGCCCUACCCGCGCCCCUCCAGCGGCAGCAUGAUGUCAUCAUCGCCCGACUGGCCCGGCAGUGGUGCGCGGCUACGGCAACAGUCGUCGUCAUCAAAAGGAGACAGCCCCGAGACCAAGCAGAGAGCCCAGCACAAACAGGCCCCCUCCCCAAUGAACCCCAAUGCGCUGGACCGUACGGCUGCCUGGCUGUUGAAUAUGAAUGUGCAGUAUGUAGACCAUGAGGGGAUGGACCCCGAGUUCAGAAACAGAGAGGAUCUCACUCUGGCCGAGAAGUACCAGCAGGAGAUCGUGGUCCUCCAGGAGAAGCUGCGUGUGUCGGUCCAGAAGCUGGAGGAGUACGAGGCUCGUCUGAAGGGCCAGGAUGACGGAGGUCCGAAGGUUCUGAUGGAGUACCAGGCACGGCUGGAGGAGUCUGAGGAACGCCUGAGGCGACAGCAGGACGACAAGGACCUCCAGAUGAAGGGUAUUAUCAGCAGGCUGAUGUCUGUGGAAGAGGAGCUGAAGAAAGACCAUAGUGAUAUGCAGGCUGCGGUCGACUCCAAACAGAAGGUCAUUGAUGCACAGGAGAAGCGUAUCGCGUCUCUUGACGCAGCCAACGCCCGUCUGAUGAGUGCCCUGACCCAGCUGAAGGAGCGCUACAGCAUGCAGACCCGUAACGGCAUAUCCCCGACCAAUCCCACCAAGCUCCAGAUCACUGAGAACGGAGAGUUCAGGAACAGCAGCAACUGCUAGAGAGAGUCUAAUAGAGAGUGUAUGUGUGUGUGUGUGUUGGCUGGUGCUUGUAAAGGACACUUCCUUAUAUGGACACUAAACGGGGGUUAGUCUGAGUGAGGAGACCACUGUGAGGGGCCAAGCAGCGAGGAGGCAGGACUUCAGUUUGACAGACAGCUGACCAAGUCAGUGACAGCGAAUCAUUGGACAGAGCUGAACACCAGUGGGCCCUGCAGAGGAGGAGGCGGGACAAGCUGUAGAUAUGAACUGAACUCUCCAUUAAUCAACCGAUUUGGAUCUUUCCAUUGGAUGUAUGCAGUUGCUGGGACAAUUUCAGACUCUCUUCCCUAUAAAGCUUUGGACAAAUCACUAUAAUCAACACAAUGUCUGUCAGAUAGUCACCCAAUCCUCUCUUCCCCUCUCCUCUGUUUUCCUCUCCUUUCCUGGCCCUCCUCUCUUCUCCUCUCUUCUCUGUUACGACCAGGUCAUGUGGACCAUGUACAAAACGAAACAAUAAUAACAGAAAAAUAAUUUAUAGUAGUGUUAAAUCUCAAAGAAAAGUAUUUUUGUCCAAUGGUUUAUUUAGAUCUUAUCUCAUUCUUUUUUUUAAACAAAUACGAGCUUUGAAAUAUUUUUUGUCCAGACUGAUAUUUCUUUUUAAGUCCUUUUGUGUUCCAAAGUGCCCCGCAACCCCGAACAAAAAUAAUACUUUUUGAGGGAAUUUUAGUUUGUGGUCAAGACUGUAAAAUCACUAUGAAUUCGGCAAAAGAUGUGUUUCAUUUAGGAAAUCUGUUCCUAAGUAUUCCCAAGAAUAAAAAACAAAGAGAUACAGUGCCUUCGGAAAGUAUUCAGACCCCUUGUCUUUUUCCAUGUUACGUUACAGACUUUAAAAUAAAUCCUGAGCACACAAUAUCCCAUAAUGACAAAGUGAAAACAGUUUUUUAGAAAUGUUUGCAAAUGUAUUAAAAAAUAAAAACAGAAAUACCUUAUUUACAUAAGCCUUCAGACCCUUUGCUAUGAGACUCGAAAUUGAGCUCUGGUGCAUCCGGUUUCCAUUGAUUAUCUUUGAGAUGUUUUUACAACUUGAUUGGAGUCUACCUGUGGUAAAUUAAAUUGAUUGGACAUGAUUUAGAAAGGCACACACCUGACUAUGUCAAGUCCCACAGUUGACAGUGCAUGUCAGAACAAAAAGCAAGCAAUGAUGUCAAAGUAAUUGUUCGUAGACCCCCGACACAGGAUUGUGUCCUGGCACAGAUCUGGGGAAAGUUAACAAAAAAAUUCUGCAGCAUUGAAGAUCCCCAGGAACACAGUGGCCUCCACCAUUCUUAAAUGGAAGAAAUGUGGAACCACCAAGACUCUUCCUAGAGCUGGCCGCCUAGCCAAACUGAGCAAUCGGGGGAGAAGGGCCUUGGUCAGGGAGGUGACCAAGAACCCGGUGGUCACUCUGGCAGAGCUCCAGAAUUCUGUGGAGAUGGAAUAACCCACCAGAAGGACAACCAUCUCUGCAGCACUCCACCAAUCAGGCCUUUAUGGUAGAGUGGCCAGAUGGAAGACACUCCUCAAUAAAAGGCACAUGACAGCCUGCUUGGAGUUUGCCAAAAGGCACCUAAAGACCCCCCGACCAUGAGAAACAAGAUUCUCUGGUCUGAUGAAACCAAGAUUGAACUCUUUGGCCUUAAUGCCAAGCGCCACGUCUGGAGGAAACCUGGCACCAUCUGGAUGGAGAAGCUUGGUGGUGGCAAAGAGAUCCUUGAUCCUCUCCAGAGCGCUCAGGACAGACUGGGGUGAAGGUUCACCCUCCAACAGGACAACGACCCUAAGCACACAGCCAAGUCAACGCAGGAGUGGCUUCGGGACAAGUCACUGAAUGUCCUUGAGUGGCCCAGCCAAAGUCCGGACUUGAACCCAAUCAAACAUCUCUGGUGAGACCUGAAACCUGAGAGACCUGCAGCGACGCUCCCCAUCCAACCUGACAAAGCUUGAGAGGAUCUGCAGAGAAGAAUGCGAGAAGCACCCCAAAUACAGGUGUGCCAAGCUCGUAGCGUCAUACCCAAGGACACUCAAUGCUGCAAUUGCUGCCAAAGGUGCUUCAACAAAGUAAAGGGUAUGAAUACUUAUGUAAAUGUGAUAUUGAAUGGUUUUAUUUUUUUAUUAGCAAACAUUUCUAAACACCUAUGGGGUAUUGUGUGUAGAUUGAUGAGGGGGGGUGGGGGGUGAUUUAAUCAAUUUUAGAAUAAGGUUGUAACGUUACAAAAUGUGGAAAAAGUCAAGGGGUGUAAAUACUUAGCGAAGGCACUGUAUGUGACCGUGUCUCAAUGUAAUCAAGGUAUUGAAACGUAUUAUCAUUUUCAAAUACAAUCUUCUUUUGGGCUUAGUUGUGGUCAAUUUGCAGUGUACAAAUUAUCAUAGCAACGUUCCGGUCCCCAACCACCCGCUCUGACAAAAAUAGUCCCGCAGCAGAAUCGAGUUGCCUACUCCUGCCCUACCCCCCCCGGGCUGUUCAGUGUCAGUCCUGGAGGGCCGAAACACUUCUGCUUUUUCCUCCUCUCCCUAUAUAGUGCACUUUGUGAAAGCUAUUGGUACAUGAAACGCCUUAAGUAAGGAACACAUCUCUACUUUGUCCUUCAGACCCCCUAUUCCUGCAACAACAACAACAACAACAAAAGGCACGUCUUAUGAUACAGUAGAUUUGUAAAGGAAUAUAAAUAUAUUGUACAAAUACAUCACACAAAAUGUGUUAUGAACACUAAAUCAUGACCUGUAUGUGAAAAUAUACUAAUGAAAUGUAAGAUAGAUGUAUGCAUAUUUCAUUUUUUCCUCUAUAAAGUAUACAUGAGAUAUAUAGAUAUGUUUGAUCAGGUCAAGUACGAAAGAAGCCCGUUCCAAGGAGUGGGUGGUUGCAGCUAUAGUGUGUCUUAUAGGGCCUCGGGGCAGGGAGAGACUGCACACUAUGCUGUGAGUUGCACCAUAAGCAGAUGAAAUACAAAUCCAGUUUCCUUUCUUCUUCUUCUUCUUGACCUGUACUUUAUCCAGGUUUUUGGAAACAGACCCGGUCGGGAUUGACGUUUGCUUUAGUGCUUCACCAAUAAUGUUGAAUCGACGUUGAAACGACGACCUAUGUUGGUUGUGUGUCGCUUUGCGUUCAGGACCCUUGCCAUGGCUGGUCUGAUAGCCCUGUAGCACAAGGGGAGAGAGAGAGAGUUGCGUUGUUGAACACGAUCUUAUACUAUACACUGGACUGGUGUGUGUUAUAAUGUGACCUCACAGGUUAGAAUCAUACGCUUUUUCUUAAAACUCUCCUGUUUGCUAAUUCAUGUCAAAGAAGCAUGCCGCAUAAAGACUGUGACCCCCCACUUCGCUUCGAGGCAUCUAUCUCUCCUCUCCUCUUUUUUCCCUCUCGCCUUCUCCCUCAUUCCCUCUCUCUAUUGAAUGUGAAGAUGCUACUCAAACACACGGUUGGUCUUAAUGUGGGGUCUAGACCCUAAUGUGGGGUCUAGACCGAUUGUCCCUGAAUGAUCCUAUAGCUACUGUUCCCGCUUGCUCCCACCACCCCGCAGACAUUUUCAACACAUCUAUAUUUUGUAUAUUUUUGUAAUUCAUUUUUCUUACCUUUACAGAUGAGUUAGGGUUGAAAAAUCUGCAUGCUUCAUUUUGGCGCUGUAACGAAUGGUAGCGACCCACUGCGUCACCAUUUCAAAAAAAUAAAAAAAUAAUAUGUUUCCAAUGUAGGAAGAUGAUGGAAUGUUGUUUUUAUGAGUUGCUGCAGACAUGAAUGAUAUGUGAUUUAUAUAUCAUAUAAAUAUAUGACAAUGAUGAGUGUAUCAAGAGGCUGGACAGCCUUGGAGACGAGAGUGUAGAUAAAUUGUUCACAAUAUUUUUUAAAUAAUGUUAAAAAGAGAGCCUUUUUUUGUAAAUGUACCUUGUGUUCAAUAAUAUUGCUGUAUCGAUUGAUAUUACUGUAUCAUGGAUAUUGUAAAUAGCUCAAGCAGCCAACUGUCCUGUUCAGUUAGAUCUCCAGGUUUUAGUGCAAUCCUCUAAUCCCCGCCACAUUCAGUACACUCUUUUUUUUAUCAAGGGAAAAACACUUCAAGAGUAUAUUGCAAAAAAAUGUAAAUGACUAUGUUGACUCUGAGAGGUUUUGGAUGAUGUCUGGCCUGUAGAGGUCAGAGAGAGUCCAAAUGUCCAGCGACCUAUGACCCAAUCAGGUGUGGUGAGAGAGAAACACAAGCACAAAACCCCAUUUGUCAUCAGCCCAGCUCAUCAGCCCAGUUUUAAGCAUUGAUAGAGCUGGAUCCAAACCGUAUCGGAUUUAAAUUCAAAGGCAAUGUUCCCAGCGUUCGCAGAGACUUACUUACGUUCCUUCAAGGAGCUCCCUUGUGGGUUCCAGUAUAGAGCUUGCCUGGUGAUGUUGGAGGGGAACUUUCGGAGGGUGUGACCGAUCCAUCAUCCUCUUCUCCUCCGGAUCUCGUCUUCCACCGGAACCUGGCUGAUGCGCUCCCACGGGUCAAUGCUACGGACUCUACCCAUCCAUCUGAUGUGAAGGAUGCGUCGCAGGCACUAGUUUAUGAAGCUCUGAGUUGUUGUCAUUGUGGGUUUUGUUGUCCUCCAUUUGUCUGAGCCAUACAGCCAUCACUGACUUAACAUUGGUGUUGAAAGGGUUUGCGUUUUCAUUUUCCUGGAGCUCCAGAUGGGAGAUGAAGGCUACUCUUGCUUUUUGAAUUCUGCCUUUACAUCCUGCUCGGUUUCGCCUUGUUUGGUGAUGACGCAUCACAGAUCGGUGAAGGAACUGGCAUCCUCCAGGGGUUCUUUUUCUGAGGGUGAUUGGUUUGUUAGAUUCAUCGUUGAUCGUUAUCUUGGUUUUGUUUUCUGUGGAUAUGGAGUCUUGGCUGGGAUGAUGUGGUGUCCAGGUCUGACGUUUUAUCUUGCAUUUGCUGUUGACUGAGCGACAGGAGUGCUCCUCCGCAAAGUUGAGGUCGUCCAACUGUGUCCAAAGAGACCAUUGUAUGCCAUGUCACCUGUUCUCGGUUGUCUUCCUCAUGACCCAGUCAAUGUCUAACAGGAAAAGGAAGGGUGACAGGAGACAUCCCUGUUUUUCUCCAGUCAGGAGUCUGAAGGGUGUGCUAAGCUUGUCUGCAUGCACAACCCUGCAUGUUAUGCCAUUAUAGGUAGUGCAGAUCAUUCUGACAAGCUUCUCUGGUCUGAGGAUCCUUCAUAGGGCGUCUCUGUCUAAGCUGUCAAAUGCUUUCUCAUAGUCCCAGAAGUUGACAUACAGGGAUGAGUUUCAGACAAUUGGUUGCUCGAAUGUAACGCGGAGCGUGGCACAUUCGCGGAAACUGCAUUUACCCGUAAACGCUGCACAUGUCAGCGCAAUUGGAAAUGAUCUAGACAUUUUAGCGUGGAUCUUCCGCGACACGGAUUGACUCCAGCCCCUAGUCUACGUUCCAUAAACACACCCCUGUCUUUUGGAUUGCAAACGUGUGCACUCCUGGCUUGAUCAGCCAUGUCAGGUAGUGUAUUACUGAGCGCAGUACUCAAAUAAAUUUGCUCUCUCAAUUUACUUGAAUUGUGUAUUUUAUGUCCAGCAUUUUGAUGAGAAAAGACAUUACUGACUGUUGUAGAGAGGACUAAAUGAAGUCAAGACUUCCGUCUUUAGGGAUGUGUCCUCUGUAUAGUCUCUACCUCUAAACUGAAACAGGAAAUGGAAAAUGCCAACUCUCCCAAAUCAGCUAGUUUAAUACUAGUAUAAACUGUCAUUAUCAAUUUGUGUUACCAGUGCCACAUAGCAUAAUGCCACUUCCACAGAAAUAGGCAAUGCAAUGUCCUUCAUUUGGCUAUCAAUUCUAAACCCUCUUGUCUGUUUCUGGUCACGUCCCACCGUUGUUCCACCUUCGUUAAGUUGUUAAAGAAUGUAGGAGAGGAGAGUCAGAGAGAGAAUGAUGAUGAUGUCUCUGUAGCCACACACACAAUUAUAUAGUACAUACAGUGCAGUUACAGCCAGUGGAGAAAAAAAAUACUAUAAACUAAAUAUAUAUCUAUAAAUAAAGUAAAAGAUGUAUGUUUUCUAAUAUCUUGUAGAAAAUGCUUUUGUAAUGAUGUUGAAAGUAAAGUAUUGGCUGGAUUCUGCUUCCUUUGGACAACAGUGACAAAAACAAUAAUGUACAGAGGAAUUUGUUUGUGUUGACGAUAUAUAUAUAUAUAUAUAUAUAAUGUGGCUGUGCAAUUUAAGUACAUUUGCAACUAGACUUAUUAAAGUUUUAUUUACCUAU